GCUCGGCCUCAGUUUUCUCCCCUGCAAGGGGGGAUGAGAGACGUGCCUCCCAUGCCAAGACAAUGCGGGGUGGAAGCAGCUCUGUAAACGUGCCUCGCUGCUGAGCAGAUCAAAGCCAUCUCCGCGGCACCGAAGGGCUGCGGCUGGGCCAAAAGGCUCGUUGAGGGUCGGGCUCAGCCCCUCCUGCCGCCCGGGACUGGAGGCCCGCGCAUUUCGGCAUCUCCGGGGACCUCUUCCUAGCGGCUCCGGCUGCAGAAAGCCGGUCUAGGGGCCGGGGGCGGGGUUUAGCCACAUACUCGCACCUUCCGGUAAAGUGGGCGUGGUCUGAGUCUAAGCCAAUGAGAGCUCGGGGGCGGUACCUGCGGAGGUGCAGGAAAUGGCGGCGACUGCGGAGUUCCUGUCCUCCAGCCGCCAUGCUGCCCCUGUUGCCCCUGCGCCUCUGCCGGCUGUGGCCCCGCAGCCCUCCCACCCGGCUCCUCGCAGCGGCCUCUGGGCAGCGGUCUGGCCCCAGGAAUUAUUAUGAACUAUUGGGCGUGCAUCCUGGUGCCAGCGCUGAAGAAGUUAAACGAGCUUUCUUUACCAAGUCCAAGGAGCUGCAUCCUGACCGAGACCCUGGGAACCCGGCCCUGCACAGCCGUUUUGUGGAGCUGAAUGAGGCAUAUCGUGUGCUCAGCCGUGAGCAGACCCGCCGAAGCUAUGACCACCAGCUCCGAUCAGCUAGCUCCCCCAAAUCUCCAGGGACCACAGCCCAUCCCAAGUCUGCCCAACAAACACAGAGCAGCUCCUGGGAACCUCCCAAUGCACAAUACUGGGCCCAGUUUCAUGAUGUAAGGCCACAGGGGCCCCAGACGAGGCAGCAGCAGUACAAACACAAUCAGCGGGUCCUGGGGUACUGCCUCCUGCUCAUGCUGGCUGGCAUGGGCCUGCACUAUGCUGCUUUCAGGCACUGUUGGGGCAAGGUUCCUACAUAUGUAAUACAGAGAGAGAUCCUGGAACAGGGUGGAGGAGGCUUCAGGAACUGCAGGAACUGGAGUAUCAGGGUUAACACCAAAGGUCUUGCAGGAAGUUGGAGCAGAUACACCGGAGCUUCAUGGAUGAGAAGGAUCGGAUCAUCACAGCCAUCUACAACGACACGCGGGCCAGGGCCAGGGCCAACAGAGCCAGGCUCCAGCAGGAGCGCCGGCAAAGGCAGCAGCAGCCGCUACCCUCUGGGCAUCCCCAAGGUCCAGGGAUUGUGCCUCCCAGCACCGGCCCCUGAGGGGCUCACCUAGAUGGGACCUGUACUGUAUUCCCUCCUUGCGCCCUGCCCCAAACUCCGCACUCCCCACGACGUGUGCAAUAAAGUGAUUCUUAAAGCUUC